GCCAGGGGUGGCGCUUGGCCCGGCGGCUACAGGAGGGUCAGAGCCGGGCAGCGGAGCCCGGAGCGCAGACGGACGGCCCCGCCGGGCCCCCGCCGGGCGCGGGGAUGCUGCCCACCCCCUUCUCGGUGAAGGACAUCCUCAACCUGGAGCGCACGGACACGGCCGGGGCGGCCCUCGCCCCCCGCAGCCCCGGCGGGGAGGAAGAGCCGCCGCGACAACGCUUGCUCGCCGCCCCUCUGGAGGCAGGGGAGCAGAGAGGUGACCCCGGCCAGCACCCCAAGCAGCGGCAGCGGAGGAAGCCCCGGGUUCUGUUCUCGCAGGCGCAGGUCUCGGAGCUGGAGCGCCAAUUCAAGCACCACAAAUACCUCUCCGCUCCCGAGAGGGAGCAUCUGGCCCGCGCGCUCAAGCUCACCUCCACCCAGGUGAAGAUCUGGUUCCAGAACCGCAGGUACAAGUGCAAAAGGCAAAGGCAGGAUAAGUCCCUGGAGCUGGCUGCCCACCCGCUGCCUGCCCGCAGGGUGGCAGUGCCCGUGGUGCUGGUCAGGGAUGGCAAACCCUGCCUUGGGGGGUCCCAGCCUUACCCGGCCCCGUACAGCACCGGCCCUUACUCCUACAGCUCCUACUACAGUGCCUAUAGCAGCAGCCCCUAUGGUGGUAGCUACGGGGGGGGCUACGCAGCGGUGCCCCCCAGUGCCACCCCCAGCAGCCACACUGUGAACGGGAGCUUGGGCAUGGCCAGCGCAGCUCAGCACCAGCCCCUGUGCUUGCAAGCCACGGGGCAAGCGGGAAUCAGGGCUUGGUAGGUGAGGGCUGAAUGGGAAGCACCGAGGAAAACCCCACUGCACUCCGGAGCCCAGCCUGCCUCGGGAUGGGAGCCGGAUCCAGAGGUGUCUGACCCCCCGGAUGGGGGGAUGACCCCAGGACAUCCAUCCC